AUGCUGAAAACAUCACUGUUGAGCUCUGGUUUCGCCUGUAUUCGUGUGAUCCCUGGAGAAAAUGACCUCUGUAAUGACUGCGGACAGUCAGUGUCCUUCCUAGCCACUGAUAUCUGGAUCAGUGACGCCAUAGGACUUCCCCUUGAAGAACAAACAAGGGGUCACAGAUUCCUACCAGACAGUCCUGGUCGAUCUUCCUGUGCUCUCGUCUACCAGACAGAGCGAGCUAUCAAAGAGAGCAACAAGCACUCCAUAAUUAUUGACAAGUUUGAUGUGCUCACAAAGUGGAAACAGCUGGGUCUCCUCACACAGCAGCGCGUCCUGUGGCAAGGCGCACGCCGCGAGCCCACCCUGCCGCUCAUUUCUUCUCCACCUGCACCUGGAGCCAGUCAGGGUUCCCCCGCCGGCCUCACGCUGUCGCUCAGGCUCUACCCCGCCAUCAUCGUGGACAACGAUGAGGAUGAGGAUGGCAAUUUCACCAAGUGGAUGAGCAGCUACUGGGGCCACAAUGCCGGUGAGGAGCAGGCGAGGGAGAGGAGGCGAAGUUUCCGGAGACCGGCCCGCCUGAACGUGGACCGCCGAGCCUCGCUGCCCUGUCAGGCUCAGCUGGACACCAUGUGUCUGCACCAUUUCCACAAUGCCACCAUCAUGCCCACGUCUGCCCACUCCAAGUCCCGGGAUGAGAAGGAGGUGCGGUCUCACCAGUGGCCCCAUCGUAGCUCUUCCGACGACGCCAGCCGCAGCAAGGACCACCAGGCUGAGAAGCGCAUCGCUACCAUUCCUGAGCUGACAGACAGCUUUCGGAGGAAGAUGUGCCUCCACAGUCACAACGGCAUGUCUCUGGUGUGUUUGGCGGGAGAAAAAGACUUGAGAAGCUUGAGGAAGUUCAAAACUAAUGAUGUGGAGAACAUGUGUCUGCUGUGCCAAGAAGAUGUGAAAGGUGGUAAAGGCGGAGGCAGAGAGCUGCACUGUCACCACUGGUCCCACAAAGAGGUCAGGGAAGGGAAGACGAAAAAGUCCGAGCCUGAACGAGCUCGCAGCAGCAGCGUGGCCGCAGUGUGUGACAGAGCAAAAUCGGGAGAGCCUUGGUUCUGUGCAGAGCAGGAUGAGUACCGACUGCCCCGGCGACAACUCUCCCUGCGACGUCAGCGCUAA